GUCUGUUUAUCAGGGAACCGGAAGCGCAACAGGUGCCUGCUUGACAACAAGACGCCGUUGCAACAUGGAAGGACUUCAGGCUAUGAAUGACCUCAAAUGACAAGAGAUAAGAGACGUGAAUAAUUUCUGUCAUCAUGAAAAGCCAGGAUACUGAGAUGGAACAGGAUCCCUACCUGUGUACAUGUGGACCUUGCAAGAAGUUCUGGCAUGACUCCUUCCAUAAUGUGUCCUCAUCCUUGAACUUUUCACCCCAAUGUCGGGCGACAGGGUCAUCAUUCGCUUCCCAUGGUCUCCUCCGUUAUGGCGACCGUGUCUUGGUGAAAGAACAGCAUCCAGGUUCAGUGCGUUACGUGGGUUAUGUUGAUGACCGCCUCAUAGCUCCACGCUUGUAUGUUGGAGUCAAGCUGGAUGACAAUGUCAACUCCGUUCACAAUGGUAUGUACAUGGGCAAGAGAUACUUCACCUGCCCUCUGGGUCAUGGUGCAAUGGUAAAGUUGUCAGAUGUACGCCCCCUUGCCCAGGCCUCCCCUCGUCCCCCGGUCAAGGGCAACACCAUGUUUCCCAGCUUCAAGGAGGUGUGCAAGAGAAGAAAAGAAAGAGAAGAUAAGCUUGCAAAGCUUUAUGCAGAGGCUGAACAACCCAAGUGUUUCUCUGGACGGGCUGCACCCAAACCACCGUCCAUCAAACCACGUCUUACAAAAACCUGUGACCUUCGCAUGUCAUCCGCUCCUCCCGUCUACUCAACAGGAGACCCUCAUGACAUUGCUAUCAAGGAUGAGAAACGGAAGAAGGAGAAACAGGACCUCUGCCUCCAACAGGCAGCCUUGCUGAGUCCCGAGGAGCUUCAGAUGAGACAGUGGCAGCAGCUGUUUGGGGGCAAGAAGGAUGGACACAAGAUGGCCUCCACUCUACAGAAACUCCACCAGGCAUAUGAGAAGGGUCUGCAUAUGGCCCACAGGAAAUCAUCUACCAGCAGCACAGACUCAUAAUCAUGUUUAGCUUUUAUGACACUUUCAUUCUCAGUACAUGCUGCAUUUAACAAAAUAGUUUGGUUUGGUUGUUGUCAAAUGAGUGCUCACUCAGCACUCUUCAAGCUAUAUGGUGGCGGUCUGUACAUAAUUGUGUCUGGUAUAACAAAACAAUUCAUUUGUGAAAUGUAAAGUCAGCACAUAGCAAUAAGGAGCCGUGAAUAUA